GGAAACUUAAAAGCUAGGAAAUCUCACGACAACAAGCUAACCGAGAUAAAUAAGUUCACGAGUAACAGCAUCACGCCAUCCAUUGGGCAGAAAUGAACCAUAAUAUUCAAGAAGAACUGGGUCUUGACCCUGCCUUGCUGAGAGACCAGCUCUUUCAACUAUGGAACCAGAAGGAUCUGCAGAUGCUCCGUCUGACUGCCGUUCAGGGAUUUUCAAAGCUGUCUGAGCCUCUCGAAGCCUUGCUAACAAUCUUGGAGUGCUGUCCAGGCAAACAGAUCGGUCGGAGCCACACCCUGGGCUAUCAAAUUCUCAUGGAAUUCCAGACAUGGAUAAAGGAACAUCCUCAGGUAAACCUGAGUUCACUCUCUGAACAUCAAGCAUUGGCGCUCCAGCGACGGGCUCUUGGUUUACUAACAGACACUCAGCCCAUCUUUGUGGACAGUCUCGUUACCAUCUACCAGCUCAAGUCCGUGGACACGUCCAUAUUACGUUUGCAUAUUGUCCGACUGCAGGCUCUCAACUGUUAUAAAGAAGCCACAGUCCUCAGCAUAAAGUUGGAAUUGCAAAAUGAACUAAACAUGGAAGAGAUGGUUGUACCACUGAUCUUGCAGGAUAAGUUGUCAUUAGCAGAGUCUUUUGUCAGAGACCACAAACAGCUAGAACAACAACUCGUCACACUAUUAGAUUCUUGGUGCCACCCCGACUUCAUCGUUGAAGACAUAAGGAAACAGUUUCCUCGAAUCUCUCUGUCCAGAAACUACACAGCCCAGAUCCAGCCCAAAAUGCUCACAAAACAUGUUGUACGACUCAUAGAGAAGUUUGAAAUUGACCCAAGACUGUGUCCCAAUGCUCUGCAUAAAAGAAGACUGGACGCCUUACGUUUCCUCAUGUAUAAGACAUUUGUGGAAAAAGGCAUGAAGGAGGAAAUCUGGACUGAUCACAUGCAGUAUGUAGUGGGAAAUGACUCCCAGUUGCAGGUCCAUUUGGUAGAGAUGUUGACAAAGUACUGUGGUCUUCAGAAAGCCGCUCAGUGGUCGCUCAAAUAUAACAUUCCCAGAAAUCAACUUCCUAUAGGAGUAUGGGAAAAGCAACAAAGCCUACCACCUGAUCUACAACAGAAAGGUUCGACUGAUUCUGUACAAAAUGAAGAGUGGGUGCCGUCUCAGUCUCAUUGCCAGAAGUUCUACCAGGUGCCUCUCACCAAAGAAAAGGUUCUCUUCGUGGACACGCUAGAAGCUCUCCACCAAUGUCGAACCAUUAUCCUAAAGGGAAGUAGUGUUGUAGGAGUUGACAUGGAGUGGCAGCCAACAUUUGGCGGUAUCUCUGCUCAGAAAGUAGCUCUCAUACAGCUUGCAGUUCAUGACCAAGUUUUCCUAUUAGACCUGUCUGUAGCAGAAUUCUGUCAACACCUGGACCUAAUUGAGUUCAUCAGGGUCUUGUUUUUUGACCAAAAUAUUCUUAAAUUAGGCUAUGGUAUGGCUGGGGAUCUAAAGUGUCUUUCUGCCACCUGGCCUCAGUUAUCAGUGGACCCACUGAAGAUGAAGGGGCUGCUUGAUUUUCUUAACGUACACCAAACGAUUCAGCGUGGUAAGGUUAACGUGGCUCAAAAUGGCCCUAAAGAAGUACUAGUAGGGGAGGAUUGUGCAGAAAAGGGCCUCAGUCUGCUGGUACAACAGGUCCUGGGAAGGCCCCUGGACAAGACAGAGCAGAUGUCCAACUGGGAGAAGCGUCCACUACGCAUUAGCCAAAUUAGAUAUGCAGCGGCAGAUGCCUACUGUUUGCUGGAUGUGUACUCGGUUCUCUCCAGUAACCCUGCUUGCUUCGGGCUGCCAGCUGACCUUCACAGCAUCUCUUCAAAACAGUCAAAAACCAUUAAGGACAAGAAGCAGAAGGAAAAACAGGGCAAGAAGACUAAGCAGACACUUGGCAAAGAGGAAUGUCAGGGGGCUCAAAAGGUCAGUCCCCCUCGUUCUGACACAGAGAAAGGCCUCCUGUGUGGCGAGAUGCCCUCCGAAGCUUCCCUGCCUCUACCCCCCCAGCAGUUGCGGGUGGUUUGUGACAACAUGCUGCAAGGACUCGGAAGGUAUCUGCGCUGUUUGGGGGUUGACGUGGUCAUGUUGGAGAACACGGAUGAUCACAGAGUUGCAGCAAAGUUGGCACAAUCUGAAGGACGUGUCAUCCUCACAUGUGGACAGCCAUAUCAAACUUUGCGCUCCCAGGUGGGUGAGGGUCACUGCCUGUCCUUGGACUGUUCAGAAAAAGCCAGAGACCAGGCUGUUCGGGUCCUCAGACACUUCAACGUUCAGCCUACACCCAACGACAUAUUCAGCCGCUGUCAGGCGUGUAACAGCGAUCAGUACGUGGCGAUUCCUCGAGCAGACAUGGUCGGGAUGCUUAAAGAGAAAGGGUAUUUGCAGGACAACGUUGACCGCACUCCUGAGAAACCCUGUCGACAGGAAGAGCAGCAGCUCGAUGACACCCCGACCCCCGGCGUGACCCCUGAACCCCCCAGGUAUGCCACUCAGUGUCGCUGGGCCUCCCUUUCAGAACUGGACCGCAACACCCUGACCUUUCCCGAGGGGUCGCCCAUCCAGCUGCACACCGUGCCCCCCACCCUGCUGCAGAGGAUACCGCUGUUCUACGUCUGCACCAGAUGUGGCAAGGUGUUCUGGGAAGGUUCGCACUUCAGCCGCGUCCUUUCCUUGUUUCAGGAGGUUUUACACAUAACGGAUGAGGACAAAGCCUCGGCUGCAGAGGUCUUUCCACACAACGACUGACUGACGCGGAGCUGCUCAAGUUUUUUGCACAACAGUCAGAAAAAUAUGUUUAAUUUGCAACACACCAAGUUAAAAUGAACAGAAAGGUAUUACUGUUUUAGUUAGUGGUAACAAAU